AAUAUUCUGAUGGUGACGAGUCAGCGGAAAGGAGGGAAGAUGGAGAAAAAAAAAUAGACGUGGAGAGGAAUGAGGCUCGAACACUGUGAGCAAGUGUGCAAGGCGAGCGAGUGAGCAAGCGAGCGAGAGAGAGAGAGAGAAAACAGCGCUGAUCUUCGACGCCAGGCUGCCACCACUCUGUAGUGGUGAGUGGCUGCAACAAAAGCAUAGAAUAACAUCCCAGGCUUUAAGACUCGUCUUUUCUCUCUGCCUGCGUCGUUAGCUGGCUGCUCUGAACGCACAGAGCCCAUAGGAGGAGAGCAGCUCCCUCCAACACACCGAUCGCUACAGUAGGAUGCACUACUGGGAUUGUGCUGGCAACCACACCACGGACCGACCAACCCAACGGGUCUCUGCCAUCAACAAGUUAGGGACUGGACGGUUAGGGGACGGAGAGGACCCCCCCCCCCCCCCCAGCCAAGAGGGGAACCAUUUGAUCCUCAAUUAACCAAUUGAGCUGACAUCAUUGCAGUGGUGAGGAAGGAGGGAAGGAGAAGGAGGGAACAUCAGAGAGGCUGUAUUCCGAGCCAGGGCACUUUGGAUGCAAAUCAUCAACUUAAAAAACUAUUGCUAAAAUAAAAAUGCACCCCUUUUGAUAAUGUUGGAUUAAAACUACAGAUGGAAAGAGGACAAAUAGAAAUUGCCAACAUCAACCAGGGACAUGGGAUUUCAGAUGUUUCAAUUGGGAGGGUUCAAUAGCAACGCUGCUGCUUUAUUCUUUCAGGAAGAGAAGAGCCCGGUUCCUUUUGUGAUUCAGAAGGGCUUUUAUUUUCUCCGUUUGGAUCUGUGUUCCAUCUGCCUGCUUCGGGAGUCUGCUGCGGAAAAGGACAGUUGAAUGCAGCCUCCGAUGUGCACAAAAGAAUGGGUUUCCAUUCAAGGUGGCCAUUGGUGGGACCUGCACCAACGGCAUUGUGCCUGUGUGUGAUCAGCAUGCUGCUGUGCCUGCCGUCUCCUGCGUCAUGCACAACCUGCCCCCAGAAAUGCCGCUGCGAGGACCAGCAGUUCUACUGUGACACCCAGGGAUUAGAAGCGCCCCCGGACGGCGUUGACAGGGGGGCCCUGGGGUUAUCGCUCCGCCACAACAGCGUCGCUGAACUCAGCCCGGACCAGUUCAAUGGCUUCUCCCAGCUCACCUGGCUCCACCUGGACCACAACCAGAUCACCACGGUGCAGGAGGACGCCUUCCAGGGGCUCUACAAGCUCAAAGACCUCAACCUGAGCUCCAACCGGAUCACCAAGCUGCCAAACACGACCUUCAUCCAUCUCAUCAACCUACAGAUCCUGGACCUGUCCUUCAACCAGAUGACGGCGCUGGAGCCUGAGUUGUUUCAUGGCCUCCGCAAGCUGCAGAUCCUCCACCUGCGCUCCAACUCGCUGCGCACCACCCCCGUCCGGGCCUUCUGGGACUGCCGCAGCCUUGAGUACCUGGGUCUGUCCAACAACCGGCUGCGGAGCCUGGCCCGGAACGGCUUCGCUGGCCUCAUUAAGCUCAGAGAGCUCCACUUGGAACAUAACCAGCUGACUAAGAUCAACCUGGCCCACUUCCCCCGCCUGGUGGCUCUGCAGUUCCUUUACCUGCAGUGGAACAAGAUCUCCAACCUGACCUGCGGCAUGGAGUGGACCUGGACCACGCUGGAGAAGCUGGACCUCACAGGGAACGAGAUCCGGGUGCUGACCCCGGACGUGUUCGAGACGCUGCCCAACCUGAAGAUCCUCCUACUGGAUAAAAACAAGCUAGACAGCCUGGACCCUCUGGUCAUGGAUAUGUGGCUGUCUCUAGGUACCGUGGGGCUGUCCAGCAACCUUUGGGAAUGUACCAAACGGAUCUGCUCCCUGGCCACUUGGCUGAGCACCUUUAAGGGGAGGUGGGAACACUCCAUCCUGUGCCACACCCCCGAGUACGCCCAGGGCGAGGAGAUACUGGAUGCCGUUUAUGGAUUCCAGCUUUGUCUGAAUUUUACGGCGCCGCCACCGGUCGUCUUGACCACAAGCACAUUGUCAAUGGCCACGGAUGCGCCAAAAGUCACGACGGCGGAGGCCACCAGCUCGCUGUUAGGAGUAAUGCAGCAGACACCCACGCAGGACUUCUAUGGGGAUUUUGGGCACUUUACGACCAUAACGACGACGACGACGACGACGACUGCCACGCCGCGCACCGCCCCGGCAACCACCGCCCCUACAGUGGAGGGCGGGGGCGGAGAGGUGGGAGUCACGGAGGACUUCUCGGAGACGGACAACACGGUCCUAACCCAGAGGGUGAUCAUUGGAACUAUGGUCCUUCUGUUUUCCUUCUUCUUCAUUAUUUUCAUUGUGUAUAUCUCACGGAAGUGCUGCCCUCCUACCAUGCGCAGGAUACGCCAGUGCUCGGCCAUGCAGAACAGCCGUCAGAUGAGGACCCAGCAGCGGCAGCAAAUGGCGGACCUGGCCACGCAGGUACCCUAUAACGAGUACGAGCCCAGCCACGAGGAGGGAGCGCUGGUCAUCAUCAACGGCUACGGGCAGUGCAAGUGUCAGCAGCUGCCUUACAAAGAGUGUGAAGUAUAAACGAUGUAUUGCUCCUGAAGCAGCAGCAUAUGGGAUGUUUACCAUUCUGACCAUUUCAAAAUGAUACAGGGUUUCUUUUUUGCUUUUGUCCCCCCAGUUUAUACAAAAAAAAAAAAAAAAAAAAAAAAAACAUGAUUUCUACUCACUAGCUUUGAGAAAUCAAUGAGAUUAGUAUAUUGAGUGGGAGAGUUGAUGACUGGUGGUUGGAACGGACAGUGACGAGAUGUAGUAGAGAUAUUCACACAUUUAUUUUUAUAUGAACGCAAGAAUGUUCAUAUCAAAGCUGUGGGCAAUCAGUCGCCACAGGAAAAAAACCGGUAGAGACAGAUGUGUCACCCCAUUAUUAGUAGUCACUAUAUUCCGCAGCACAGAGAAGACGAAAUCUUUAGCCAAAAAAAUGUCUGGCGACUGAUCCUUCUACAAAAGAGACUGAAAAGCUACAGAUUCAUUUCCAAGGGGAAUCACGGUAGCCACAGUAUGUCACUAUCACAAGCACUUGUUGGUACAGUACUGAUUAUAUGGGGUUGGUUAUUAAAUGCAAAGCAUUUUUAUUCAAAUUUGUUCUUUUUUUUUUUGUAAAUUACUAUGAACAUUGAAUAAAUGUUUAUUUAUGACACAAUCUGAAUUAAACCUCCAACAGAAAAUGUAAUCUGCUAAACAUUACUUGGUUGCUAUUUAUGUUUCAAAAACAUGCAUUUCCUUCUACUCUCCGUCUCUCUCUGGAUCCAAACAGGACCUUUCCAUUUUGGUCAGUGAACGCCCAUGAUAGCCUUCUUGUCUUAAAUUGAUUCGAUAAAGUCCAUUGCCUCCCAUUAAAUCUUAGCACUGUACGUGGAAAGGUUAACGUCCAGUAACUGCUUAGCCAAAACCGUCCGUCUACAGUCUAUGAGAUGUGGAGCUGUAGAAGGCCAUGUAAACACUCCUUCAUCAUCAUCGGCUACGGUAUUAAAGAGAUGAGAUCAGUGUGACGACCUGCUAGACAGAUACCAGCGUCCUCACUGACAGUAACGGAGCCGCAGCUUAACCUUUUUCUACUGCCGUUUACUGAUGCAAUAGACGCCAGGGGCCAACAUCCACACACAAGGUAGAAGUUUCUGGAAAGGUAGUAGCAGAUGUCUAGCUAGUACAGAGAGACAGAGUAAUGAUGAACAACGAAAAACCCAUUCUGCUCUGCACAGUGAGUCUCUCUCUCUCAUGCUGAAAAUACAUUUGUCCCAUGGGGAUUCCCAGUCGUGUUCGAGCUCACAGCCAGCCUCUGUGUAGAAACACAGACCCUAAUCAACUCUGACAGCGUCAACAUUGAACCAAUUAAGGACAGGCAAAAAUAAUCUAAUACUCUGUCGCACACACCAAUGAUCCAACGAAAUGUAGCUUGCUACUGCUGCCAGUCGGUCGUCCACUCAAAAACACAGUUGGUAGAAACAUACAUCACUCAACACUGCCAACUAGGGCAUUUAUCUCCGUAUCGCGAAUCCUGCUCUUGUGAGAUACUGUCAAGCCAGGCUGACAUUUCCCUUUGGGCAGAAAG